AUGAUGCGACGACUUCUUCUGCUGCAAUCGCAUCUUAUGCAGGUGGUCGUUGAUGAUCGAUGGAAGGACACUGUUUGGUCAAUGAAGAAGAUUCGAGACAACGCCGCGGAGGUCACAACAUGUGUCGGUUGUCCUCAAUGGUAGGAGGAUAUGAGAACGCUGUGCAAGUUGUUAGAUCCCAUCACGGACAUGCUGCAGAUGGUGGACAGCGACAUGAGGCAGAUAAGCAAGAUUCUGCGUCGGUACGACGAGAUGAUCGCGCAUUGUUUGUCCGCGUGUGCCGCUUUGGAGAAGGACGAGCAGGACGCGCUGCUUGAAGUGUUUGACAGACGCCGCACCAUGUUCAAGUCGCCUGCUCAUGUUGCUGCCAUGAUGUUGGACCCCGAGUUUCGAGACCGCACGAUGCCAGAUGACGAGGAGAUGCAGCACGGUUUGAAACUCGCUCUGAUUCAGUUUGGGUACCCGGAACAUUCGGAUCAGCACAACGAGGUCCUCACUGCCAUUGACAAGUUCCAUUCCAGGGAGCCGCCAUUCGACGACGUGGCCAUGGACCGGGCGGCGAGGAGCUAUACCCAUCCAGCCUGUUUCUGGGAGUCGAAGGAGAAGAGGUUCCCGCACACGGCCUUCUUCGUUGGCAGGACACUGCGUGUGUGGGCGACUGCGCUGCCUUGCGAGAGAGCUUGGUCCCGUUGGAGUUUCAUCCACUCCAAAUCUCGUAACAGAUUGGAGGUAGCGCGGGCCGAGAAGCUCGUGCGAUGCCAUUGGAACCUUCGGCUCCUCGACAGGCAGGCUAUGUCGGACGAUGCUCCCAGUGACAGGCCACAUCCGUAUGGGAGYUGGGUGCACUACUCGCAGCAGGUGGAGGAGGAGGUGCCCACCGACCAGCAGCUUGUAGCAGACCGAGGAGCCCGUGUGACGGAUGGCGACAACGAUUUUGACGACCGUCACCCGAACGUGGGCGACGACGAUGGCGCCAGUGGCAAUGAUCACGGUGACGGAGGAGAUAGGCCACGACCUGCACAUGGUGACACGAUGCGCGCCGCCGGGGCAGGGGGCGAGCACCGCACAGCAGUAGAUGACGCUCGAGAUGGAGUGCAUGAUGAUGGUUCACGACCUGUCCCGGGCGGUGACCUGAGGCGCUUGAAACGCGGACCAAGGGAAAAAGACACUAUCGCUUCACGUGUGCGCAAACGUCAUGGUGGGGUUGCUAGCAUUCCACUAUCACGAGUCCCCGCAACUGGGCAGAUUCCAGUUUCUGAGGACUCUUUCAGUGAUCACGGCGGCGAGGAGCGGAUCGAGCUGCAUGGCGGGAGCGGUCAUCCACGAGGUGACACUUCGAGUAUGCACGCGACAGCUCCGAUGGGGCCUUCUGCAGCAGUCCCAGAAUCGCAACAGGGUCCAGCACCGUUGAUGCGUCAUCCCGAGGUUCAGGGAGAGAUCARUCCUCUCCCGGCAGUGCGGGACGAGGGUUCUGUCGGUGCACUGCAUCCACUCACAUCUGCCGGAGCGGCAGUCUCAGUUGCAGCGACCUCAAAUGUGGGACAACCACUGGCAGCGGCGGAGCAAGAAAGUAUGCUCCCACUUCGCAGUGUUCAACCGCGACCACCACCUGCAUUGAUGGAGGGGAGUCAGGGGACCGUUGUUGUGUGUCAAGGCGACGAUCUCCCGGAACGUGAUAUCUCACACACUCCCGCAGCCGAGCAGAGCGCCGCAGACCAUGUCGGCCUCGCAUGCCCCACCGGCAGUCUUCCGGGUACCGGCGAGUUACUGACCAUGGACUCUGCGCUUAUGCGAGCGUCCCCGGUCACAAACAGUGGCGCGGACGCGACAGAACAGCUUGUGGUUGGGUCAUCGGCGACAGUACGGCGCGACAGAGCCACUGUUUUGCCGACAGUGGCAUUCUAUGCCAGCGGGAAGAGUACUGGGGGGAUGGAUGAGCAGGGAGUCCGGAAUGUUGGCAGGCCAUCUGCACCGUCUAUGGGUAAACGAUCCAUUGGGAGUGUGGAUGGUGCUCGGCACACCGCCAUGGCCGAGUUUGAGGACCGACACGGGAGUGCUUUGCCGACGAAGACGUCUGAUGUCCAUGCUACGAGAGCCGCAGAGGCGAGUCUUUCUCGGGCAAGGAAGUAGGCCUCGGCAAGGAAGGCGUCACGUUCAUCCUCACAUAUGCGUUCCCGAGAGAGAGGAUCGGGCGUUGUGCAUCUCGAGGACGG